CGGAUGUUGCCCCACGCUUGCUCAUGUCCCGGAUGUACCUACAUUUUAGUAGAGGAACAAAAAAUGGGCUCAUUACCAAGCUUCACCAAACCGUUUAAAUUAUCCCCACACACGAUUAUUGUACAUGUAUGAGGACCAGACCGCAGUCCACGUCCAUAGUCACCGCGUCUGCAAAGUGAUUCAUGAAAUUAAACAGAGUGAAGUUGGAGGUGAGAGUUGCGGGCCGAGCGUGUUGACAGAGUUCGAGCUGCUUCACACUGCUGACAGGGCCUUCCUCCAUCCCCCUCACCCGUCAUCCGCCUAGCGAAGAGUGAUGACCUCACAGCAGCAUGGGAAUGCCAACCCUGCCCUCCUCUUGCCACAGAACUCUUCAUCUAGUCAGGGCAGGCAACACAUCUCUCGUUCCCCUAUAGACUCGUAUUCCCGCUCCGGGCUCUCCUCUUCUCGGAGAGGCUGGGUUGCGGCAUCCUCAUCCGCAACAGCUCACGGUAACUCUCUUGCGCUCUCUCUAAGCCGACUGGCUCCGGCGUCCUGCAGUAAUUCCUCUUCGUCUCGGAGACCUGCGUCUGGCCGGGUGGAGCCGUGGCCAGAGGAGGCUGUGGACGACGCGUAUGGGCUUUACUCCCUUCACCGCAUGUUUGAUAUUGUGGGCGCACAGCUGACGCACCGUGAUGUGCGUGUGCUGUCCUUCCUUUUUGUGGACGUUAUUGACGAGUACGAGAGAGGAGGGAUACGAAGCGGCCGGGAUUUCCUGCUAGCGCUGGAGCGCCAGGGGCGAUGUGAUGAGACAAACUUCCGGCAUGUUCUUCAGCUGCUCCGCAUCAUCACUCGCCAUGACCUGCUGCCGUACGUCACGCUGCGCAAGAGACAGACAGUGUGCCCAGAUCCAGUGGAUAAAUAUCUGGAGGAGACGUCAGUGCGUUAUGUUUCUCCCAGAGGAACAGGAGAGGCCCAGCAGGGAACUCCUCACAGAAGAACAGGACCCCAGCCAUUGAUCUGCUGUCCUCCAUCAGGACCCCAGGUAUGCCCACCACGUGCUAAACCCACCCCACCUCCACCCAGCAGGAAAAGGAAAAGAUCUCACACAACAGCAGACUGCAGAGAAAAACAGACCUGUGACAUAAGACUGAGGGUGCGUGCGGAGUACUGUCAGCACGAGUCAGCUCUACAAGGCAAUGUCUUCUCUAACAAGCAAGAGGCGCUGGAGAGGCAAUUUGAGCGUUUCAACCAGGCCAACACCAUCCUUAAAUCCCGUGACCUGGGUUCCAUCAUAUGUGACAUCAAGUUUUCAGAGCUGACCUACCUGGACGCCUUUUGGCGGGACUACAUCAAUGGCUCGCUAUUAGAAGCCCUGAAGGGCGUUUUCAUCACGGACUCUCUGAAGCAGGCAGUGGGUCACGAGGCCAUUAAGCUCCUGGUGAACGUGGAUGAGGAAGACUACCAGGCUGGCCGGAGGAAGUUGCUGAGGAACCUGGUGGCAGGAGGUGCCGGUGCGGGCACGGGAAGCAGGGAGGGUCCCUUGUCCUAGUGGUGGGAUUGACUCGGUAAGUGGAGGGAUGUCAGAGAGACCCUGAUGAGCAGAGAUUGGACACUAAUGAGAAGGUAUACAUGGGGGGUGGGAGAAGAGUGAGGAAUGUAAACAGAGGAAGUGACUCUUCAAAGAAAGAUACCCUUCUAGAGGCCGGGAUUUGCAUCUUUAGCAAAUGUGGAUGAAAAGAGGUGUUAAACGUGUUCUGGAAAGUUGCGUUAUUUCUAUUUUAUUUUGAGUAUCUCAAGUUGUGGAAAUAAAAAGAUGAAAGAGAGAAGUAAAUGACAAAGAAGGCAUUUAGUUUCUUUUGUCUUUAUUCCUGCAUAAUUGACACUAAUGCUUUUGUUUUUAGGCUUGUGUGAAUUAGGUUUUUUUUGCUAUAUUUUCAUUGAGUUUUGUUGCACAACCAUUUGCUCUUAGAGGAAUUCUCCUGGUUAAAUGAAAUGUGUUCGCCUCAAAGUUUAACAAAUAGGACAGGUUGCAUAAGGUUUGACUGAUUUGCCUUUAAAACAUCACAUUGCUUCAACUCAUUAUGAAACGAUUCCACUGUCAAUGUUGUCUAACCAUCCAUGUUCAAGUUCUUCUGGAUGUGAACUUGCAUUUUUAGUCUUUUCAUUGCAAAAUCACAAAGCAGAAUCUCCAGAGUUUUUAUAUAACAUCAUACAAAAUCUUCAUAGCACACUGCAACAUUGCACUUCACUUUGGAACUGUGACUACUUGAAAAAGAACACGUUCUCCAUUUCUGUUUUAUCAUUGAAGUUAUUGCACAAUUGGGUUUGUUUUAGCAAAUUCACAAGGGGGUGUAGUCCAACAUCUGAAGAUUCUGGAGCAUGGAGAAUUGGUUUUCAGAUUGGUUUAUGAUAUGCUUUGUUGCAGCUUGUGUUUUGAUGCAUGUCCCUGUAAUUUUCUUUUGUUUAUGGAAAAACCCAGUAACGCUGGCAAAUGUUCGCUCUUGUUUGAAUUCACAACUUAAUAGAUGCUCUUUGUCCAUAAUUUUCCAAAAGGAUUAAGACAUUUGGGAUCUCUUUGCCUAUUAAUAUCCAUGUUUGGACCAAAACGUAGCAUUCAAAUUAAUCUUCAUUGUUUGUUAUUGGUUGGAUUUCUGGGCAGAGUUUUUUUUGUACAAGUUUAAUACGGAGAUAUGCCUUUGUAAAGUUGGCAUGCGUGAGACAGCAGUAUUUGAUUAAGGCUUUGUAUUUUCAAAAGGUACAAAUUGACGACUUUUGUUCAAUCAAAAAAAAAGUGAAAAAAAAUUUGGACUGUUAGUGCUAGUUUAAAACACAAUCUCACUUGGAUCUAACAAUAUAUUCAUAAUUUCCACUCAUUUGAAUUCAACCAACUGUGUCCUGAGGAACGGCCUCUGCCAGGGUUUCUGUGUUGAAAUAAUCUACUGUAACCUCUGUUCAACAAGUCUUGAAAGAUAACACAAAAUGUGCCAACCUGAAGCACAACCUGUGUUUUUUUUUUUUUUUUUUUUGACACUUCAACAUGACUGAAGUGAAACAAAUGCCUGAGCAACAUGCAAUCGCAGGAGGAUGUGUAAUUUGACUGACUUGAGAUGUUUUUGCUAUACUUUUAAAAUACCAAAGCUGUUCCCAGACAUUCAUUCUCUCUUUAAACUCCCUCUUAUUCAUUCUCUCCUCAUCCAUUUAAGAUAUAAUGAAACUGUUGAAAUGUUGAAAGAAAAUUGGUGACGUGGGGUGAGUGGAACAGAUGUUUAGAAAAGUUAGCUGUGGAACAAUUACUGCUAUUAUUAUUAUUAUUAUUACAGAAGGAAGAAAAGCAUUUUGUAAUGUUUUCCUAAUGGAACUAAACAAAGUUACAGACUGGUAUCUAUUAUAUAGGUUACAUGUUCUAUUGAUUGUGUUCAAGUGUUUGUCUUUAUAUCUUGCAUGUAUAUGACAUUGAUCCCCUUAAAUAUCACACAGUGACAAUUGAGCUGUGGUCUGUAGAUUUGAAAUAUCUAGACAUUUCUAACCUUUUUUACACUUUGUUUUUCAUAGAGAAAGAAAUGGGAUUGCUACUUUUUGGAGAGGUGAGAUGAGUAUUCUCAAAGUGACACAGUAGAACAGAUGAAGACGGAGCACUUUAUUUUUUACUCUAAAGUAUUUCACCUAUUGUAACCAUAUAUAGUAAUACACCAUUCCAAAAUGUAGGAGCAUCGGCGUCAUCGGCCAUCUGUCACAUUAUGACUCUGUUUUUUGAAUAAUUUUAUUUUUUGUUGACCAUGCCGGUGGUUGUGUUAAGUGAAAUAUUUACGUGCAAAAUAGACAGCUGGUUCAUUCAAUGUCUGUACAAAUCAAUAAAACAAAUUGAAAAACAAAA